UUGUUUAGGACUCGGUAGAUACGGAAAUCAGGGUGCGCACGUUCCGACCAGAUUUUGAACAAACAGUUUGGAAGAAAAUACGACUAAGUGUAAGUUGAUCCUCAAAGUAGUUAUAAGUGUUGUAACUAAUUUACGCUCAAAUAUUUCUAGUCACGCUCUUUACUUGUCAUGAUCAGAUGUGUCAAUAAUUAAUUUACUUAACAGAGAAAACAAGUCUCCGUAGAGACCGUCAAAAAUUGCCAUUGCCGACUAUAUUUCAAGUCGUCAAGGCGGGGUAUUGGGUAAAGUUUUCAACUAGCAAUAAUCGCGCCUCGGAUAAACCUCAUAGGCUACGAUACUGCCACUGCGCAAAGCUGAUUUGAUUACGUACAUCUCAGUCACUUAUAUUUGGUACAGCUACCUCUGGGUCAUGGUUUCAACAUCCACUGCGAUGGUUGCGAACAACAUUGUGAUGUAAACUACAAAGAUAGUCUACAUUCUUAAAACAACUUCAAUCAUCUAAAGUAAAGUAAAUAGAGAAAACUUUUAUAGAAACGAAACAAAAAAUAAGUGUUAAAGCGGUUCAUGGAAAUGACGUCAGUUUUUGUCCCGCUUUGUUUAGGGCUCGGCAGAAAUCGGGUGCGCACGUUCCGACCAACAGUUAAACCAACAAUUUUGGGAUGAAAUUUGGCUGAAUUAAUUUGGUAUUUUAAUGUAAUGUGUCACCGUCUUAGUGAUGUGACGUUCACGAACGAAUCGAAUCUUUUGAACGGGUUUUCAAAGUGAAUGAUGAGAGCCGAGUCAUCUUAACAAACCUCCCCGGAGGUCGGUCAAACCCCACCCACCGCUGUGACGGACAUAGGAGGAAACUUAGUAUAGAAAGAUGAGCUUUUAUGCACAUCUAUGGGAGGAACGCUAAUCUUCACCGUGCUUCGUCACAGACUAACAACUAUUACGUCGGCUAUUACCAAUCUAAGAACAUCAAAGUUUCUACAUUAAGAUUUUAUGUUAACAAUAUUAUCAGUCCCCGUAGAGACCGUCAAAAAUUGCCAUUGCCGACUAUAUUUCAAGUCGUCAAGGCGGGGUAUUGGGUAAAGUUUUCAACUAGCAAUAAUCGCGCCUCGGAUAAACCUCAUAGGCUACGAUACUGCCACUGCGCAAAGCUGACGUAAGAAAGGCUGAGAACGGGAGGUCACUGUGCCACACACUAUACUUAGUCAUGGUUUUCAAAAUGUAUCAAAAGUUACUAAAUAUGUCCGUAGACAACGUUAUCCAUGCAUGCAUUUACUUGUAUACUAGCUUAUAUGCUGUAAUUUAUAAAUUAUUCGCAUUUUUAUGUAUUUCAAAAUGCAGCUUUGGCGCAAUGCAUUCUGGGACAGCCUACGUCAUUGCCGAGCUCCACAUUAAUCGCUUCUUCAAAAAGUCAACAAAAGUCGUUUUUGAGAAGAUGACAGCGGAAUGUUGUUUCAGAUGUUUGCCCUAAACUAGGCGGUUUUAGUGUGAUGAAGCCGAAACCAUUUUAAACAUUUUAAUAAGCGCUUAUUUAAGUUAGUAAACAAAUAACUGCUGAAACGAACAACUUUAGUCUAAGUAAACAAAUUAACAUUGAAACGAACAACUCAAAAGUCUUAUCUGUGACCCUUUUCAUUUCUCAUUAAGCUACUUCUGGAAAGAUCUAUAAAAUGUUUCAUUUUCACACGACAAAAAAAUGCAUUAUCAGAGUUCCACCACAAGAUGGCGAUGUAAACAAGGGGAAACGUUUACAAGCCAAGCCAAGUGUUCUCUAUUCCGGUCUUCUGUCCACUUCACAGAAGUAGAGAAAACAUCGUACAGGUAAGAUUUAAUUAAAUGGAAACAAUAUGACACAUUAAAGCUAGGGUGACCAGGUGUCCCAGUUUACCCGGGACAGUCCCGAUUUUGAGCCAUUUGUCCUGUGUCCCCAAAGAUUUUUACAAACCUGUUAAUGUUGUCCCGAUUUCACCCAGCCUUGGUCCCAAGUGUCCCGAUUUUGAACUAAUUGCUCAUAGUUCACAGAACUAAUUGUCACUGGGUUGUUUGUAUGUCAAUCAGAAAGUUGUCAUAGUGACAUUAGCUCAACUUUAUGUCACAUGUCUGUGUAACCUAAUGCUCAUUGGUUGAUGACAACGCAAGACGGCUGCGAAGUCCUGCGUAAAGACGAGUCACCAAGUCACUCGUUGUUCAGCAUGCCUAAAAGAUGGUCAAGACUGACAAAAGAGCUACUGGAACGACACAGCUUUCUCAGGAAGGUGCCAGGUGCAGCCUGCUACAGACUGAACUGCAUUGUGCACUAUGUGUGCUGCACAUCCUACACCAACCAGACUGUUGGGGGUGGCCUGAUCAAGUUUAUGAAAAACAUUGUUUUGUCCUCGUCUUGCUUUUCCUCCUAAAUUUGUAUUGGUGUUGUCUGCACAAAAGCCGACCACUUUAUCCACCAAACCGAAUGCAGAUAGGCACCUGUAAACCUCAUCACACAGCAGGGUUGAGGUCUCACCUGUUGUAAAGUCGAGUAUCUUCACUCUGACCCCCUCGGUUAUUUUGAAGUAGCGCACAACAACAGGAACAAGCUUCACUGCCUUGUGGUUUGAUGCGUCAACUGCGACAGAGACCAGAGUAGUAUCCGUAGUGUCUUCUUUUAGCAAAUCUAUAGCAUGCGGGGCAAUUACACUUGUCACCACUGCCUCAGCUUUGGUCCGAGCACACGUAAAACGCUGGUCAUAAAAUUUUCAAAGUAGUCCAGCAGUACAGUAGCCUAGUGAACCAGACCAAAUUCUUGCUUUGCAAAGAAUGGUCUAGGCAUGCUCCAUUGGAACCUCAGCAGCUCCUACCAGGACUCUGGCUAGCCAAUCACAGCUCUCUAGAGGGGUUUCAAACACAUAAAGAGCUGUGAUUGGUCCAUAAUGGUGGGCCAAUCAUGCUCUAUCUGCUCAGUGAACAAAUCACAGAGCUUUAUCCGCUUUGUGGGCCAAUCAGGGCACUCUAUAUGCCUGGUGGGUGGGAUGAUGCAACAGAGUGAAACAAGAGUAUGUCACAUUCAUUAUCCAGUGGAAUGCGGAGAUCAUUUGAAAGACAACGGUAGAACCCGCCCCACAACCGAGAGCCGUCAAUGGAGCAUGGCCAGACUAAAUAAUACAUUUAUUUAGUCUGGCUUGCCAGGCUAGCAGUACAGUCCAUUGAACGAAAGUUGUGAUUGUGCUUAACAAGGUGGUAGGCAAAUGUUGCUUCCUGAGCAGCGCGUUUAAGGUCUUUGUCUCCAGCAGCAGUAGCACUAAAAACAUGCUAACCGAACUUUCCGCCUGUUACCACCGCUUAUGUUUGCUAGUUUUAAUAUGGUUCUGCACGUCCGCGUUUCCACCAUGAUCAACGGAGAAUUCACACUUACAUAAGACGCAAAACGCAGCAUAUUCAUUUCCUGGCACCUUCCUGUCGUUCCAGUAGCUCUUUUGUUAGUCUUGACCAUCUUUUAGGCAUGCUGAACAACGAGUGACUUGGUGAAUCGUCUUUACGCAUGACUUAGGAGCCGUCUUGCGUCAACGGCGUUGUCAUCAACCAAUGAGCAUUAGGUUACACAGACAUGUGACAUAAAGUUGAGCUAAUGUGACAUUGAGAACUUUGUUGUCAAGGUUUUUGGAUAUUUUCACAUCUACACUGUCCGAACUGAGGAGCUGAAAGACUUCUGUUCAUUUGUUGAUGUUGAACAUGCCACUCUCCUUGGGACCAGCAGAACCGAUUGGCUCUCACUGGGACCUGCAGUUGAGGGUUCUGAAGCUUUAUCCAGCACUUCAGUCCUACUUCAGGUCUCAGGGAAAAGCACCAAAUUUAAUCAUCAAGUUCCUAGAAAACCAAGUGUGUGAGGCCUGGUUGUGGUUUACACACAUUACAACCAACUGUCACUGUUCAAUGACACCAUCAAAAAGAUGGAGAAAGAGAAGAGCAGCUGUCCACGCUGCACAGCACCUGUGUGAUCUACAGGAGAAACUUUUGGAGAGGAAGGCCGCCCUCUUCAUGGGAUUAAAGGUGAAGAGCAUUCUGGCUACCCAAGAGCGCCCUCAAGUGGAGGUGUUUAAGCAAAGCGUCCACACCUUCUAUGAAGGUUGCAUCUCAUAUCUGCAGGAGUGGAGCUCCUCAUUUACUGACAUGAAGUGCUUCUCUUGGACCCUGCUCGAAGAUCCACCAGGUUGGGAUGAGGUUGAGAGCUCUCUGAGGUGUGUCUCCUCAAAGCUGCCAAACAUUCACAUCAAUGAAACGGAGCUCUUUGACGAAGUUACUUCUGUCAAAACUUACACAUCUGACAAGAUUGGACUGUGGGACCGAGACAUUAAACCAGCAGAUGAGCGCUGGGCUGAAAUCUUUACACAUUUUAAGCAUCAGAAUGUCCCAUUUAAAAAUGUAGCCGUCAUCUGCCAGUUUGCCAUGUGCCUACCUGGCACAAACGCCUCUGUGGAACGCAUUUUUUCUCUCAUGAACAACACUUGGACCAAUGAGAGAAAUCGUUUGGGACUGGAAACUCUGAAGGCACUGCUCAUUACUCGGGUGAACUUUGAUGGCUGCUCUGAGUUUCAUGCCAGACUUGUUGACAACCACAGUCUGCUUAAAAAGAUUCACUCAAACAUGAAAUACGCUUAAAGAGAUACUGUGACAUUAAAGGGAACAAUAGGGCUGUUCAUUUAGUGCAAUAUUUUUGUUUCUAAAAAACUUGAAGUCAGUGAAAUACUUUUUUUGUUCACAAAAGGGCUAAAUUUAAUAUUGCCCAAACAAAUGUGUUUAAAAAAAUACUGUAUUGGUUUGGAAAACGAUUGCACUAAAAAUAUUAGAAAAACUGUCCUUAUUCUGAAUAUAGAUCAAAUGUUUCUGUUCUUGCACAUUCUACAAUCAAAAGCUGUUAUUAAGGUCAGUUAAAUUCUUUGUUUAUCUUUUCACAAAAGGGCUACAUUUAAUAUUGCCCAAUGUGUUUCACAAAUACAGUAUUAUUUUGAAAAAGAAAAUAACAAAACAUUGCACUAAAAAAAGAAUGUCCUUAUUUUAAUAGGAUGUUCAAAUGUUGUUGCAUUUUGUACAAUAAAAAGCAGUUAUAAGUCACCAGC